AUGUCUGAAAAACCAACCAUUGUUCUCGUUCCAGGUGCCUGGAGCAAGCCGUUCUUCUAUGAAAAGCUUCAAUCAUCUCUUGCUGAUAGAGGCUUCCAGUCAGAGACCCACGCGCAUCCAUCCAUCGGUGCUGAACCGCCUACCAAGACUCUCGAUGACGACGUCUCGGCUUUACGGGGAGUGAUCGCCAGACUUUGUGACGCAGGCAAACGCAUUGUUGUCGUUGCUCACUCGUAUGGUGGAAUCGUCAGCUCCAGUGCAGUUGAAGGACUGGGGAAAGAAGAACGCAACUCUGAAGGGAAGAUCGGGGGAGUGAUUGAGAUUAUCUACAUGGUUGCUUUUGUCGUUCCCAAAGGACAGAGCCUGAUCAGUGCGUCUGGGGGCCAACUUCUUCCUUGGAUCAAGACAGAGGGUAACUACGCAUCCUGCACCAUCGGCCCCGAAGGCGCCUUUCACGACCUCCUCAAAGCAGAUCGGGAGAAGUGGAAUGCUGCUCUCACACAUACCUCUCUACCUGUCUUCUCUGGCAUUUCGUCAUAUGAGCCGUGGAAGACCAUUCCAACUACCUAUGUUCUGGGUGAAGAAGAUCAAAUGCUGCCAUUGGCGAUUCAGGAGUAUAUGGUGCAGAUGCUGGGGACGAAGCAUACAUAUCGACUCAAGAGCUCACAUCAUCCAUUCUUGAGUAUGCCAGACACUGUGGCGGAGAUUAUUGAGGAAUCGAGUGUGAGGCAGAAUAGGAAUGUUUAAUCGAUAUGACUUUCACUAGCUUUGAUGAUUCUGGCUCUAUCUUGGUGGCGGGAGCGGUGUUAGUCCUGCCCGAUGGGACUACAACCCUUUAUAUCUCCCCGAACAGUUUGAUCGCGGAGCAGUCGAUGGGCCACUGCUCUCAUUUACGUCUCCAUGAGAACAGGGCGGAUCCUGCGGAAGGUAGCCAUCUACAAAAAUGAAGCUUUGGAAAAUACGACGGAAAUUGCAGAGCUGGGCGAGAAAGGUCUGUCAUUGAUAAUAUUUGCCAAGCUAG